CACACACACACACACACACACACACACACACGUUCUGUACUUACUCUUGUUUACUAAUUCGUCUCUUGGCUACAUUGAUUACUUUACCUACUUCUCACCUGCUCCUCAUGCACUCACCUGGCCGCCGACCUACUGGAACACGCGUCCUCACCUGCUGACUUGCUGACUUGCUGACUUGCUGAGUGGAUGUACUUGCUGGCUCGGAUCUACUAACGGUGACUUAGUGACUUUUUUCCUGCUGAUCUGCUGACUUGUUUACUGAUUUGUUUUCUUGUUGAUUUACUGAGUUUUUUGCUGAUUUGCUGAUUUGUUGACUCGCUUUCUCACUGAUUUUCUGGUUUUAUUGACUUUUUCUUACUGAUUUACUGAUUUACUGACUUUCUAAUUUACUGACUCAUUCUCUUGCUGACUCCAUUUACUGACUCGUUUCCCUUGCUGACUUUCUAAUUUACUGACUUAUUCUCGUGCUGACUCCAUUUACUGACUCGUGUUUUUGACCUUUUUAUUUUUGCUGACUAAAUUUGUGACACACCAAAUUUGAUCUUACUAUUCUGACUUACUGACUGCUGACUUGUGGACUUCCUGACUGGUUAUCUGCUGACUCAAUAAGGUGCUGGUUCGAGUGCUGAGCUGGUGCUGACGGGUUGCUGAAUGCGAAUGUGCUGAUUUUGGUCUACCUGAAGGCUCAGCGCACAACAUGGGUUGUCAGGGAAGCAAGGGGCGCGUGGAUGCAGAGGCCAAUAAGUACCUUCUGGAGACGGUGACGGGGCACACAGACUCAAUCAACUGCAUGGUGUUGUCUGAGGAUGAGUCUGUGCUGGUGACGGGCGAUGAUAAGGAGGCGAGGCUGUGGGACGUGGAGGGAGGACAAGGCGGGCCGACGGAAGCUAUGGGGUCAUUGAAAGGACACACCAGCUACGUGACAUCCGUGGACGUCUCUGGGGUGUACGUGGUGACGGGCUCCAGUGACUGCACCGUCAAGAAGUGGGACAUGACCACGUGCGAGUGUUGCUUCACUUACGAAGGCCACAAGGGGAAGGUGAUGCGGGUGAUCUGCACAGGUGAAUACAUCAUUAGCUCCUCCAGCGACAAGACCGCCAAAGUGUGGAUUUUUGACACCUCGGAUAUCAAACCUGAGGCGAAGCAGAGGUGUUGUGUGCGCACUUUGGAGGGGCAUACGAUGGGCGUGCACCCGAUCAUCUACAUCCCGGCGAAGGAGUCCAGCACGGGCGGCGAGAAGGCGAGGAAGGAAGAGUAUGAGGAGAACAGUGAGGACGACAUGAACGACGUGCUGAACGAGGAGUUGGUGGUGACCGGCAGUGCUGACAACACCGCUCGUCUCUGGGCCAUCAGCACCGGGGACUGUUUGGUGACGUACAGGGACCACCGCGCGGCUAUCAUGACCAUGGCCACCGACAAGGAGGUCAGGAUUCUCUUCACUGGCAGCGCUGACACCACUAUACGCUCCUACGAGAUCCGCACAGGCCGCCCACUCAAGGUGUUCCGUGGCCACAACCAUCCCGUGAUCUGCAUGUCCGUGGUAAACCAGCUGAUGUACACAGGGGACACUGGAGGGACGGCCAAGUGCUGGGUGUGGCGCUACGGAGACAACACGUGUGACUACAAGGGACACAAGCACACGGUCACCUGUAUCAAGUUUCAUCAAGGGAUAGUGUACACAGGCUGCGGAGAUGGGGUGGUCAGGGUUUUCGACGCCAAGAUGGGAGCUCUACGACAAGCCUUCAAGCGGGAGGAGAGUGAAGGCGCCGGGGCUGUGGUGGUGAACUGUCUGACGGUGUGCGGAGGCAAGCUCUACUCCGGCAGCCACGACGGGAUAAUGAGGGUGUGGGACGUGAGCUCCUGGGUCAAUGGAGGGAAAAAUGAGAAGGAAAAGGAAGCGUGAAGAUUAAAAGUGAAGAAGGAAGAACAUUAGAAGGUGUGAACUAACCCAGAACGGAAGAGGAAUGAUAGAAGAAAAGAAGAUAAAUUUGGGAAUAGGAAAACAAAAGAGAAUAUAACACCAGAAAAUGUAACAGAACGAAAGAGAACGUAAAAAAGGAAAAAAAGAAGAAAAAGAGAAAUAAGAGAAUGUGCAAGAGCAACAGAAGAAUAGAAGAGAGAGGUGAAUGGAAGAGAUGGACCCCAAGAACCAGAGAACCAACGUCUCAAACUUCUGAGCAAACUUGGCAGGGACAUUUGAUUGGAGGUUGUAAUGCAGGACGUGGAAUUGAUCAAGUCCCUCCUCAAAGAGAAGUGAGGGAGAAAACGAUUCCGGUUUUAUGGUAAUCUUACUUAAUUUUACGCCCUGCCUCGAUGUAGCCUUUGUGAAUUGUGAUGCCUUCUCUCUUGCUUUCCUUGUCUUACUAAUGGGUGUGACUUGAGUGGUGUUACUAAUAGGGUACGUGAUAUGAAUGAUGGUUUUUAGUCUAGCAUCUGAAGUCUUUUAUCUUUAUUUUUUUUUGUUUAUUUAAUCCCUUCAGUAGCAGAACACGUUUUCGUAUUUAUUCUCCUUACUAUUUGGUGAUUUUAA